AUCACAUUGCGAAAUCAUGGAUAAUAUGAUACGAGGCUCUUUGAUUCGAGAGAGAGCUGUCAAAACUCGCAUUUUUCAUAACAUUUGGCAAUGAUGCCACUGCUGAAAAAAUAUUAGAUUGGGUAUUUAAUAAAUUCUACAAAACACUAAAUUAAACACUUUGAAAAUGCAUACAUAUAUAAAUGCUAAAAUGCAUUAAUUAAUUUACAUAAACAUUUAUUUUGCAAAAAUAUGUUCGCACAGUUCAAUGAAAUUUCAUUUCACAGUAAUUUGGUCAAGUGAUUAUAAUGGUUUACUUCUGGCAUCCCGCCUUUUCUGAAUUCAGCUGAUCGAAAUUCCCUAAUCUCCUUCGCUGUCGAAUAAUCAGGGAACGCGUUUGAGAGAAAAAUUAGAGCCAAUGCGAGAGUCUCGUAUCAUAUUAUCCAUGGCGAAAUGCCGUCGGGUAGGUAGGUUCGAGCUGAUGUAGCGCAUGUUUUGAGCUCUUGAAAUGUUUAAUUUUUUUAUGCGGAAAAUAAAAAAAGGAUAAAGACCCUUUUUUUUACAGAAGUAUUUCGGGGAAAAAUAAUAAGUCAUAUUUUUGGACUACUAUAUAAUAAUUUUGGCAUACAGUUUAUAUAUCAUUUAAAAUAAUAAAUUUAAUAUGCAAUGAUAUUUUAAUUUACGCAAUUUGCAUAAUUUUUCUGUAAAUUAAUAAUAUUAAACGAAAUAUUAAUUUUUCGGAAAAAAGUUAUUUUGAAAAAGUACUUUAUUUUUAUAAUAUAACACAACAACACAUAUUAAGACUCGCUAUUCCAUAUUUCAUAUUACCGAAAUGAAAAUGCCGUCGGCACGUGUGCAAAUGGGACAUGACGCCUCUUCGAAAUUUUCAUAGAAAUGAAAACUGCGCUGUCAAACUGGUGAAGUGACAGUAUAUCACAUAUUAUAAGCAAUAAGCAAUAUGGAGUCUCCGCAGGCAAUAGGCACGGCAAUACAGUUAGUAUGACAUAAAUUUUAUCCUGUCGAGAUGCCCCGUUAUAAGUUGGCUCAGUGUUAAAAGUCAGCUGGUAUUUGUUUUCGGAAAGGAAAACAACUCAGUAAAAUUAAUUUAUUUGGUUUUUAUUACCGUCUCAAGUGUAUACGCAAUUCUUCUAAAUUGCCUAACCGAAUAAAGAUUAAUACAAUCCAGUGUCGGAAAUAAUAACUUUUGGCUCAAAGUGAAAUAUGGAGUAUAAGUGUGAUAAAUUUUCCUAUAGACCUUCAGCUACAGUUAUAAUCGCAACUAAAAAGAAAGUCGAUGCUAAUGCUAAUUUUGAGACCACCAGGAGACUCAGGAUCAAUGUCAUCAAGAUGCGCCAUUUUUUUACACCUGUCUCUUUUUUUUGAAUUGGCUUUUAAAUAAACACUCUAAACUUAGCGACUUGAAAGAUGGAGUCAUGUGUAGAAGUUCACGCAAGUGAGGAAAGUUCUCUGAUCGCCAUUCACUUGGGAGUGGCCAGAAACGAUUCUUUUGCAUAUGACUCAAGCAGCUCACGACUUCCGGUCUUUGACCAAGUAUCCUCUGGGUAGCCUAAGAACAUCCGUUUGAAGGCGAGCUAAAGUGAGAAGGCGAAACAUCCCCUCCAUAGGGUUGUGCGCUGGGUUUGGGACCCGCCACGUAAAAAAACACUCCCAAUGAAAAGGAACAACAAGCCUCGGAUGAGUGACCCCCCUUUUGAUGACGACCAUGGCAAACGAAAUAAGGACUACGAAUUGAGGGCAUGCACCUGGAAUGUCCGAUCCCUUAAUUGGGAAGGUGCCGCUGCCCAGCUGGUUGAAGUCCUCGUGAAAAUAAAGGCUGACAUCACCGCCGUCCAAGAAAUGCGAUGGACGGAACAAGGACAGAGACAAGUAGGUCCUUGUGACAUUUACUACAGUGGCCAUAUAAAGGAGCGCAAGUUUGGUGUUGUAUUCGUGGUGGGAGAGAGGCUCCGUAGCCGAGUACUAUCAUUCACUCCGGAGAAUGAACGUCUAACCACAAUCCGCAUCAAAGCGAGGUUCUUCAACAUAUCGCUGAAUUGCGCCCACGCCCCUACGGAAGAGAAGGACGAUGUGACCAAAGAUGCCUUUUAUGAGUGCUUGCAGCGCACUUAUGAGAGAUGCCCCCGCCACGAUGUCAAAAUCGUGCUUGGCGACUUUAACGCCAGGGUGGGCAAAGAAGGUAUCUUUGGCACUACGGUCGGUAAAUUCAGCCUCCACGACGAAACAUCCCCAAAUGGGUUGAGGCUGAUCGACUUCGCCGGGGCCCGAAAUAUGGUUAUCUGUAGUACUAGAUUCCAGCAUAAGAAGAUACAUCAAGCUACCUGGCUGUCUCCGGAUCGGAAAACCACCAACCAGAUCGAUCAUGUUGUGAUAGACGGAAGACACGUCUCCAGUGUUUUAGAUGUGCGUGCGCUCCGAGGUCCUAACAUCGACUCGGACCACUAUAUUGUUGCAGCCAAAAUUCGCACCCGCCUCUGUGCAGCAAAAAACGCACGCCAACAAACACAAGGAAGGUUCGACGUCGAGAAGCUGCAAUCACAACAGACAGCCGAACGUUUUUCUACUCGGCUUGCACAUCUGCUCUCUGAGAGCACUCAUCAACAACUCGGUAUAAGGGAACUGUGGGACGGCAUUUCAAACUCCUUACGUACAGCUGCAACCGAAACCAUUGGUUUUCGGAAAGUGCAAAAGAACAGCUGGUACGACGAAGAAAGCCGCGUCGCAGCGGAGAGAAAACAGGCUGCCUACCACGCAACGUUACGAUCGACCACAACACGUGCUGGAUGGGAUAGAUACCAAGAGUCGGAGAGAGUACCGAAACGCAUUUCUGGACAGAAAAAGAGAGAAGCCGAAAUGCGUGAGUAUAAAGAGCUUGACAAGCUGGCCGACAGGGGUAAUGCUCGAAAAUUCUACCAAAAACGCGGCGGCUAACAGAAGGUUUCAAGACCGGAGACCCGAUACCCAGAGCUUACUAAAAUUAUGGAGGGAACCCGAUUCCCCAAUCGAUGACGAUGGAGCAGACGUUGCAUUGUCCGACCAUGAAGAAGUUCGAAAAGCAAUCACCCGUCUUAAGAACAACAAAGUGGCGGGGGCUUUGUAAAAUAUGGUCGGAUGAAAGCAUGUCCAAUGAUUGGAAUUUAAGUGUGCUAUGCGCAAUCCAUAAAAAAGGAGACCCCACAAUCUGCGCCAACUACCGUGGGAUAAGCCUCCUCAACAUCGCGUACAAGGUUCUAUCGAGCGUAUUGUGUGAAAGAUUAAAGCCCACCGUCAACAAACUGAUUGGACCUUAUCAGUGUGGCUUCAGACCUGGUAAAUCAACAACCGACCAGAUAUUCACCAUGCGCCAAAUCUUGGAAAAGACCCGUGAAAGGAGAAUCGACACUCACCAUCUAUUCGUCGAUUUCAAAGCUGCUUUCGACAGCACGAAAAGGAGCUGCCUUUAUGCCGCGAUGUCUUAAUUUGAUAUCCUCGUAAAACUAAUUCGGCUGUGUAAACUGACGUUGAGCAACACUAAAAGCUCCGUCAGGAUCGGAAAGGACCUCUCCGAGCCGUUUGAUACCAAACGAGGUUUCAAACAAGGCGACUCUUUUUCGUGUGACUUCUUAAACCUUCUUCUGGAGAAUUCGAGUUGCAGAACUAAACUGAGGUACAAUCUUCUACAGUGGCGGACAAAAGUCUACAUACACCCCGUGUUUUCUUCGAUGUGAGAGUACAAAAACUUUUUAGAAAAAUGUGUUGAUACAGUUUUAUUCUAAUCUUCUUUCUAAUAACAACAAACUUAAAAAAUCCAUUAAUUAAUAUAAAACUACAAAUUUAUGGAAUAAAAACUCAAAAAUUGUGUUGACAAAAGUCUACAUACAGUACAAAAAUAUCUUAGUUCAGUGCGAAAAAUUGUACAAAAUGCUAGUUAUUAAGACGUUUUAGUAUUUAGUUGGGGCCCCAUUGGUAUCUAUAACUGCUUGAAGACGCCGUGGCAUUGAUUCUGCUAAAUUUGUCGACGCUGCAGAUGUAAUGCUGUUCCAAGGUUUCAAUAUGCGCUCUCAGAGUAUAGCAGAGCUAGAAAUUUGGUUCCCACCACCACCACUUUGAGGUGGUGUAUUUAAUUGCCUUGGAGUAUAAUAAAGCAACCAGUCCUUAACAAUUUGCGCCGCAUGCAUCGGAUCGUUAUCUUGUUGUAAUAUCCAACCGGAACCGAGCCCUAAAUUAUCCACCAAAGGCUUCAAAUUAUGUUCCAACAGAUGCUUAUACUUAUAACCGUCCAUUUCAUCUUCAAUAAAGUCCAACUUUCUAACUCCAGAGGCCGCAACAGCUCCCCAAACCAUUACGCUGCCGCCACCGAGCUUCACAAUUGAUACUACGUUCUUCGGUUCAAGGGUGGCGUUAGUUUUCCAUCAAAUUUUACCCCUUUAAUCACUACCAAAAAGAGUGAAUUUAGAAUCAUCUGUAAAUGAAACUUUUUUCCAAAAAUCCAUUUCCUUUUCUUUGUGUUUUUUGGCGAACUUUAAACGAAGUUUCCGGUUUUUUCAGAAAUAAAAGGUUUCUUCCAUGGUGUUCUACUGUGGAAUCCGUUAUCGUUUAGAGUUUUUUUUAUUGUUCUUGGUUGUAUACUCAUUUGUGACGUACUUGCUAUGCGUUCGGCUAAAUUUGGAGCAUUUUCUUUUGAAUUUUGGUCUACUUCGUUGAGAAUCAGGCUGACGUAUCUACGAAAUUGUUUUUUGGGCGUCCACUGCGGGGUUUAUUUUCGUUGGAACCAUUAUUUUUAAAGUUUUUUAAAAUUGUCUGUACUGUUGCCCGACUCAAGUUUAAAAUUUUAGAAAUUUCACCACAUGAUUUUUUUCUUUUCUUUCUUUUAUCGCCAAAUUUCUUACAUUAAUUGAUAUUUCAUUUCGCCGAGCCAACUAAAUUCAAUAAAUGGCAAACAAUAAACAAAUUCAGUCCUAUCACGCAAUCCAUCGUAGCAAAGCUACGAAUACGAAUGUCCGCUACGAGUACGAACAAUUUGCUAUCAUUGAAUUCAUGUGAAUUCGAAACUUUUGUUGCCAGACUUAAUUUUGAAUUUUGACAUUUCGAAAUCAGCUGUGUAGAAGAAAAAAUAAAAAUUAGGAUUAAUAAAAGUGAAAACGUUUAUAUUCAAAUUGAUUUUACGAACAAAAAAUAUGUAUUCGCUAACGUUUUUAUUUAUGUUGCUUGAGGAAGAACGUAAGAGAAGUCGGCGUGAUAUAAAAAUUCACCGAAAAUCACUGAGGGACAGGAGUAACCCUUUCGAUGUGGAUGAAACAAUGUACAGUUCAUAAAUUCAUAAAAAUUCAUUGUUAAAUUUUAUUAAAAUUAUUUUUCUAAAACAGGUUUAUUAAAAACUAUCGCUUAAAUAAGGCGGCCUUUACGUAUGUCCUCGAUGUUCUAGAGAGGAAUGCAAGUUCUUCAAGAUUGUCGUACAAAAAUUCCGCUAAACUUAAAAAUUUUCCGUUCCAAGUGAAUUCAGUGAACGCAACUCUACGAAUUUCGAACUUACUUUCGGAAAUGUUCGAAUUGUACGAUAGCAGUUUCGUAACUUUCCCGAAAAAACACUCUACGAUGGAUUGCGUGAUAGGGCUGAUUGAAAUAAAAGAAAAAGGCUAACUGUUGGAUUUCUUACUUUUGCACUGCACGGAUCCAAGAAAAACGCUUUGAAAUGUUCAAUUCAAAAAGACAAGAAGAAGUAGUUUAUUCAAAAGUUAAAAUGCUAGAGAAAGAAUGUUCUGGUCUUAAGGUUUCUUACAAUACUAAAAAUCAGGGUUACUCAAAAAUGUAAGUUGCUAAAGGGUUGCAUUUCAACACGCCACCUCAACGAACAUAUUUGAGCAUUACAAGUAAAUAUAUUUAACUCAAGUUCAAUAUUUUAUAAAAUUUUUCAUGAUUAGGUCUGGCUAGGUUCUUAGUAAAUAUGUCUGCAAUCAUAUUACUAGUGCUGCAGUAAUUAAGUUCGAUUUCGCCACCUCGAUAGAUAUUUCUUAUAAAAUGAUAUUUAAUAUCAAUGUGUUUACUUCGAGCGUGGUAUACGGGGUUCUUGACUAAAUUCAUAGCGCUUAAAUUAUCUCCGUUCACUAUCAUCGCAUCCGGGCAUUCGAGUUCCAUUUCAGUUAAUAGCUGCUUCAAGUAAACAGCUUCUUUAACAACGCAUGCUAGCGCCAUGUACGAUCGUAUUCGGUUUCUGUGCUGCUAUGUGCUACCGUCGUCUGCUUUUUACAUUCGUAUAAAAACACUCCUCCGGCUAACAUAACUGCAUACCCAGUAUACGAUUUCCGAUCACCUGUGUCGCCACCCCAGUCGGAAUCCACAAAGCACUCAAUUGGUUUACCGGUUUUGUUAUACCUCAGUUACAUAUCUUGUGUGGUGCAUAAAUACCUUAAUAUGCGCUUUGCUGCUGAUAAGUGUUCUACAUGUGGAUCAUUGUUACGCUGUGCUAGCUUACAAACCGAGUGCAAGAUAUCAGGUCGCGUGCACACAGCUAGAUACAUAAGUGACCCGCUGAGUGAUUGAUACUGCACCUGAUCUGCUUUUUUACAAUUCUGGUCAUUACACACAACUUGGUGUCCUGGAUCUAAAGGAAUGGCGAUCGGUCGACAUUUUUCCAUUUGGUACUCGCGCAAUAACCUUUUAAUAUGUCCCUUCUGACUAAUGGCAAUAGCUCCAGUUUCAUCAUCUCUCUCAACCUCCAUGCUUAAAAAGUGCUGGACUUGACCCUUACCCACAACCUCAACUUUAUUUGAUAUCAUAUCCUUUAUAUGUUUUAAGUGACUGUAAUCCGAGCUGGCAAUCAGUAAGUCAUCAACAUAAACGGCUAUAAUAUUCAACUGCUUGCCCCUGUGCAUAACAUAUACGCACGGUUCACACUCACACUGUUUGAAUCCUAUCUGAUUCAAUAUGGAAUCUAAUUUCAUAUUCCAUUGGCGACCGGAUUGCUUAAGGCCAUAUAAAGCUUUCUUUAACUUUAAGCAAUGAUCAGGAUAACGCUUAUCCACAAACAUUUCUGGUUGAUUCAUAUAAAUAUCUUCAGACAAAUCGCUAUUCAAAUAAGCGGUGGAUACAUCCAUUUGAUGUAAGUGCAAACGGUAUUCCGCUGCUAUUGCAAAAAUCAUUCGAAUGGUAUUGUAACGUACGACGGGUGAAAAAGUCUCGGUAUUAUUUACACCGUAAAUUUGCGAACAUCCUUUCGCAACCAACCUCGCUUUAAACCGUUCUACAUUUCCAUCCUUAUUUCUUUUUGCUCUCUUGGUAACUUCACAAGUUCCCAAGUCUUGUUCUUCAACAACGAUUCGUAUUCAACUUUCAUUGCAUUGUACCAAUCGCCAGAAAGUUCACUUGAUAACGCCUCACCUACUGUAUCAAGUACUUUAAUAUUGUCAUACGUCAACAAGCUUAAGUAAUUAUGCUGUUUUUUCGGUCUACCGCAUCCACCAGUACGAAUUAAUCUAGGUCUACCUGGCCCACGUUUAAGCUAAGUUAAGUUGGUUCAUCUUCAGCAGACUCGAAAUCGUCAUCACUUUUCUCUGGCUGCAUGCCACCAUCAUCUACAACUUCAUCUUCGUUCGCGUUAUCGUUUGCCUCAUCAACUUGAAUGACAGGUACCUGAACCAUCUGCUCAUCAUCGGAAACGUGAACAUGUAUCGGAUUCAAUACGUCUUUGAAGUGUCAGAAUAUCCUACCAUAAUAUAUUCUUUACCCUUUGGCUUGAAUUUGUCUCGCUGCCGUUUAUCAAGUGCCACUGCAAAUGAUGCAAACGCUCUUAAAUGCGCCACCGUUGGCUUAUGCCCAUGCCAUGCUUCAUAAGGCGUUACACUAUCUAACGCUUUGGUUGGAGAACGAUUCCUCAAAUACGCGGACGUAGAUACCGCUUCACCCCAUAACGACUGUUCGAGACCUGCACCCAGCAACAUACACCUUGCCAUUUGAAGUAGAGUGCGAUUUAACCUCUCAGCAGCACCAUUUUGCUGUGGCGUAUACGGGACCGUAAGUUGCCGUAAAAUGCCAUUCGCUUUUAAAUAUUCAUCAAAAAUAUUGUUGACAAACUCUGCCCCAUUGUCGCUUCUUAAUAUCUUUAAUUUCUCCCCAGUUUGACGCUCUGCCAUUGCUUUAAAUUCCUUGAAUUUUUCGAACACCUCGCUUUUGUGCCGUAAAAAAUAGACGAAUAUAUAGCGCGUUUUAUCAUCCAUGAAGGUUAAGAAGUAUCGGCCCAAUACAUCGGCUGCAUAAUUUUGUGAGCUACUAUAUGGCCGCUGAGUGCAUUUACUUGACAUGCACAAAGCGCAGUUGACAUCAGUCGGUAUGUUAAUCGGAAGUCCAAACACCAUCUGCUUAUUACUAAGCUGCCGUAAACUUGCGAAAUUCAGAUGGCCAAAUCUAUUAUGCCACUUCAUCACGUCGCCAGCAAUUUUCCUCGCAAAGAACAAUUUAUUUUUAUUUAUUUCAAUUAUCUCUCUGACCUUUUGUGCACAUAAUUUUAUUCCUCCGUGCUUGUUGAAGAUCUUCGCCGUGUUUCCCUUGAAUUCGACAAUGUAGCCACUGUUAACUGCUCUGGCAACUGACACAAAGUUGCACUGUAGACUCGGCACGAACAAAACAUCUACGAGAGUCACAUCAAACUCGUUUGUUCUCAAUCGAACAACACCUCUGCAUUUUGCUAAUAUUUUGUGUUCCGCCGCUAACAUAAUUGAUUCUUCACACGGCUCGAACUCAUCAAACAUGUUGCGGUUACAACAUAAGUGUGAAGAAGCGCCGCUGUCAACGCACCAAACGUCGUUGUGUAAAAUUCUGCUACUAACAGCAGCAGUCCGUUUCUUGUUACAUUUUGGUGCGAAGAAUUUUCUCGAUCUUUUUCUUUACAUUGUGCGGCGAAAUGACCUUUUUUGCCACAACUGUAACAUUUUAAAUUUGAUUUUUUGCUAUUGUCAUUGCGUUUGCUUGCGGUACUUGCGCUGUCGUUCGAUUUUGCAUGUUCAAAAUAUUUUUUUCUUGCGUUUGUGUUUGCGUGUGCUACGAAAGCUUGCACGCUACCCUCGGUAUGCUCAGACUGGCAUGUUCCACGUCGCUCGCCUUCUUCUAUUAACUUAAUUUUAACAGCAGUGAGAUUUGGUAGCUCAUCGCGAGACUCCAAAGCAACCACCAAACUCUCAAAUGAUUUCGGCAGACUCGUAAGAAGCAUAAUAACGAAUAAAUCAUCCUGGAGACUCACUCCAAUUUCAGCAAGCUUCUCUGCGACUGCCGUGAACUUGCAAACGUGUUGCUGGACACACUCACCGUCAUUCAUUCGAAUUCCAAGUAACUGUUUGAACAAAGUUACCUUUCUCACAGGCCCUUUUGGUCUAUGCACUUCUUGUAGACAUUUCCACGCCUCAUUCGCCGAUUUGCAGUUUUUAAUGUGGCUUAUCUGCAUAGGCGUAAUGCUGAGGAUUAUUGUUGCUUUUGCCUUAUCAUCUUUUGCCUUCCAAGCAACACAGCUUUUGCAUCGGCAUCUUCUUUUGGAGCGGGCAAUUCUCCGCACGUAACAGGAAACAACUCUUGAUGGACAAGCACACUUUGUAGCUGCAAGUUCCAUGAGUCAUAAUUGGACUCAUCCAAUUUUUCUAUCUUAAAAGCGACGAACUCAUAUUUUUUAUUAAUUACUUAACGCGAUUUACUAGGCUCCCAGGAAUUUGCACCUGGGCCCAUAACCUGUUGGAUUUCUUACUUUUGCACUGCACGGAUCCGAGAAAAACGCUUUGAAAUGUUCAAUUCAAAAAGACAAGAAGAAUUAGUUUAUUCAAAAGUUAAAAUGCUAGAGAAAGAAUGUUCUGGUUUUAGGGUUUCUUACAAUACUAAAAAUCAGGGUUACUCAAAAAUGUAAGUUGCUAAAGAGUUGCAUUUCAACACUAACGUUACCUUACUGUUAAUAUAACAAUGUACAAAGUAUGAGGUUUGAACUGUUUGUAGACUUUUGUCAAAGCAAUUUUUGAGUUUUUCUUGCAUAAAUUUGUUGUUUUAUUUUAAAUAAUGAAUGUUUUUAGUUAAUUGCUAUUAUAAUAAAUAUUAGGAUAAAACUGUAUAAAUACAUUUUUCUGAAACUUUUUGUACUCUCAUAUCAAUGAAAUAGGGGGUAUAUGUAUACUUUUGUCCGCCAAGUGUACAGCUUCUGGCGUAUGCUGAUAAUAUUGACAUCAUUGGCCUUAACAACCGCGCCUUUGGUUCUGCUUUCUCCAGAAUGGAUAAGGCAGUGAAGUAAAUGGGUCUGGUGGUGAAUGAGGCACCCAUGUCACUGUGGACAGUCCUAACUUCGAAGUUGUUGAUAAUUUCGUCUAUUUAGGAACCAGCAUCACCAACAACAACGUCACCUCGAAAUCCAACGCAAGAUAUCUCUUGCCAGCAGGUGCUACUUCGGACUAAGCAGGCAAUUGAGAAAUAAAGUCCUCUCUCGACGAACAAACACAAAACUCUGUAAGUCACUCAUUAUUCCCGUCCUGCUAUAUGGUGUAUAGCAGUGUUUCCCAAAGUGGGCGAUAACGCCCCCUUGUGAGCGCUGUAGGUGUCAAGGGGGGCGGUAAGAGACCCAGGAAGAAAAUGUGGGCGUUGUGUAGAGGCCUGGGGGGUUAUUUGCAAUUUUAUUUAGCUAGGAGGCCUCUUAGACAACGACUACAUGAGCUCUCGACUCUCAACAACAACUUGUGAGCAUCAACUAAUAUGAUUAAAAGAUUGCUCAAACUCGGUUCUAUAUUUCUCUCCGCGUAGUUCAUAUAUCUCUCCUAUUUUACUGAAUAUAGAAAAAAUGAAAAUCAUGUCAAUCGGUCGUUCCGUUUCAUAACGGGGCAUCUCGACAGGAUAGAAUUUAUAGAAUACUAACUGUCAAACGUAUUGCUAUUGCCAUUGCCAAAUCUGUAUGUGGGCAUUUGCUAUCAUAAUAUAAUCAUUUGCGCAAAGGUGUAGGGUAGGUAGGUUCGAGCUGAUGUAGCGCUUACUUUGAGUUCUUGAAAAAUUUAUUUUAUCACUUGCGAAAUGACGUCGGGUAGGUAGCUGAUGUAGCGCACGUUUUGAGCUUUUGAACUCCUUAAAUCUUUUAUGUGGAAAAUAAAAAAGGAUCUUUAUCCUCUCUUACACAUGUAGUUCUGGGGAAAAUAAGAUAAUAUGAAAAGGAGAAAGGUCCUUUUUUCACAAAUGUAUUUCUGGGAAAAAUUAAAUAAUACGAAAAGGAGAAAGAUCCUUUUUUUACAAAUGUAUUUCUAGGAAAAAUAAGAAUUCAUAUUUUUGGACUACUAUAUAAUAAUUGUGCUUCAGUAUUCCUAUAUAAACAAUGUAAUAUUUAUUUUAUAUUCAUUUGUGGUUUUGCGCAUAAUAGAUGAGCAUUACUUACGCUUCCUUUACACUACUCGCGAAGUUAAACGUAUUUCUCAAAGCAAAACAAUGUCGGAAGUAAAAAAGAAGAGACGGCAAUACUGUGCGGAAUACAUUAAAUUCGGAUUCAUUGAAAAUCCCACAAACCCAUCCUCGCCUUUGUGUCUUCUAUGUCUAAAAACAUUUUCGAAUGAGGCAAUGAAGCCUUCAAGACUGCAAGAUCAUUUGAAUAAAAUGCAUCCAGAUAAGAGAGACAAGAAUAUAGCAUAUUUUCAAGACCUAGAGAAGAAGCAUAAUACUCAGCAAAGUGUAGCAAAACUAUUUUCGGCGGCUGCUAAGCAAGAUGACGACGGACUUCGAGCUUCGUACAAUAUCUCUUUGUUAAUUGCUCAAAAAGGCAAACCACAUAACAUCAGAGAAGAGUUAAUAUUGCCAGCAAUAAAUGAAGUAAUAACUAACUUCAUAAACCGGCCGCAGAUAUUAUCCAAAAAAUUCCUUUGAGUAAUAAUUCUGUGCAAAGACGAAUUGAUGAAAUGGCUGAAAACAUUGAAGAAUCAUUGUGCGAUCACCUGACGACAAGCCAAUUCUCAAUUCAGCUCGAUGAGUCCACUUUACCAACUAAUGAAGCAUUGUUGUUGUCUUACGUGAGGUUUAUUAAAGAUGAGAAAAUAUGUGAAGAACUAUUAUUUGUUAGAAAUUUAGAGACCGAUACAAACCGAAACCAUAUGCAAUAUAUUGGAAAAGUUUUGCGAUGAAAAAGAAAUUCCUUUGAAAAAUAUUAUUUCAAUUGCUACGGAUGGCGCUCCGGCUAUGAUAGGGUGCCAUAAAGGCUUAAUAGCGCACUUAAAAAAUAAAAUUCCAGAUGUCCUUGGUGUACAUUGCGUUAUUCAUAUACAACAUUUAGUUGCUAGAAAUUUAAGUGAAAAACUAUUUCAAUCACUGCAAUAUGUCAUCAAAGCAGUCAUUAAAAUCCGCAACAGCUCUUUGAAUGAUAGAUUAUUUCAUCAGCUUUGUGUUACUAAUGACGAGGAUUUCAAUCGUUUGUUGUUUCAUACUGAAGUUCGUUGGCUAUCAAGAGGCAAUCGUCUGACUCGAUUCUACAACCUGUUUGACUCUGUUAUAGAGUUCUUGAAAACUAAAGAUACAGAAUUUCAAGACAAGCUCAUAACAUCAAAGAAUGUUCAACGACAUGAAUCUCCAACUGCAAGGCGAUAAACUAAAUUUAAUUAAAACAAAAAACGUCGUUGCUGCUUUCGCAGCCUUCUACACAAAAAAAAUCUGGGCAGACGUGAGUUUCACAAUUUUCCGAAUUUAUCAGUAUCAUGCAGUAACGACGAAUUGUUUGCCUACUGCCAACAUUUGGAAAACCUUCACAUUGACUUUACCAAACGAUACCAGGACAUUUUGAACUUGGAAAUACCAGACUGGGUGUUGGAUCCGUUUUCAAAUGUCAACACAGCAAUGUCACCUCAGCUGGAAGAAGAACUUAUAGAAUUGACAACAAACGAGGAAAUAAAAAUCAAGUUCAAAAAUGGUUACCAAGAAUUUUGGCUACAAAAACCGAUCUCGCAAUUGUACCCUGGAUUGUGGUCAAUCGUUCAACGAUUCUUAAUAGCAUUCCCAUCGUCAUAUUUGUGUGAACGUGGAUUUACUGCUAUGACAACACUGCUUACUAAAAAUAGAAAUCGUUUGCUUGUUACCGAACGUGGCGACUUGCUACUGUUCUUGAGUAAAUUGGAACCUGAUAUUAACAAACUUAUUAAACAGCAUCAGAUUCAUCCUUCACAUUAGUUUUUAUAUAUGGAUCGAUAAUUUUAGUUUUAUUUUUAAUAAAAGAUUCUCUGUUUUAAUACUAUAAAGUUGUGUUUCAAUAAUCAUUCUUAUUGGCAGGUGGAGCCCGUAAGAGUUAACUUGAGACCUAAGCGCCGUUGUACGUUACCUACUGCGCUCAGGUUUCAAGUUGCUGGUUAUAGUAAAAGUUUCGUUUAGAAUUCUCCGUUAAUAUACAUAUGAGUAUAUAGGUAACAAUAAUUAAUUUGAAGUUACAUAUAUUGGUUUUUAAAUAGGUGAAAAAAGGGGGGCGCUAAAAAAAUAUUUAUUCUCAAAGUGGGCGGUAGACAAAAUAAGUUUGGGAACCACUGAUCUAAACGUUGAAGUACAUUUGAUUCGAUGCAUAGAAUAGCUAAGCUAUUGAGUCUAUUUGCACUCAUUGUAGAACGUAAGUAGUUUUUAACUCUUUUCAAACACUUCCUACUCUGUCUCCCCUCUUUUUUUUUCUGCUAGACAAAUAGAAACCAGCAUUUCACUGUCUGAAUUCGAGUUCGUUGCAUCUACCGUUAAGGGUAAGUCGCCGGGGCAAGAUAAAAUUUCUUAUCCAAUUAUCAGAAAUAUGCCGAAAAGUCUCAAGCUCCGAUUGGUAAAGCUUUAUAACAAAAUUUUCAAUACUGGUGUCUACCCCCAAUUUUGAAAAACGUCCUGUGUUAUACCAAUACUUAAACCACACAAAUCCUCCGAUGAACUUGCUAACUAUAGGCCGAUUUCCCUCCUUCCAUGUAUGGGCAAAAUUUUGGAAAAGAUCGUGGCAAACCGCUUGAUGUGGUAUGCUCAGCGAAACAAGUUCAUAUCACCGAAUCAAGUCGCCUACAAAAAAGGUCAAGGCACGUUAGACGCUUUAAUCCAACUUGACUACUUCAUUACUAACGCUUUGUCCAGCAAAAACCACGUGUCCGUACUAUCUCUGGACUUCCACAGAGCUUUCGACAAAAUUGGAGCCCAUAUUAUUAUUCGACAACUUAGAAAAUGGAAAAUAGGCCAGAAUAUGAUACGUUUUGUUACCAACUUUCUCACAAACAGAAAACUCAAAGUCAACGUAAAUGGUUUUCUUUCUUCAACACUCCCGCUUUCUAAUGGUACGCCGCAAGGCUCACCUCUUUCAGCCUUCCUUUUUAUCAUUGCUUUCGAUGAUAUUAGUAGGAUGAUAAAAAAUUACAAAGGAGUUGAGCACCAGAUCUAUGCUGACGAUGUCCUAAUCUACACAAAAGUCUCUGACGUUAAUUUAGCUCAAUCCUUAUUUACUAAUAUACUCGCCAGAAUUGAGACUUGGUCACUGGAGUCUGGUGCUUCACUUUCUUUAGACAAAACACAUAUCCUUCAUGUAUGUAGGAAACAAAAUUGCAACCGUAUUUCACUUACCCACAACCAAACUAACAUCGAAUGUAAAACACAGCUGAAAUUACUAGGAUUAAUUUUUGACUCUAAGUAUAAUUUUAAUGCUCACUGUAAAUAUGUCAGAAACUCGUUAAUGACACGCUUAAAUAUUGUUAAAUAUCUUUCGUCUAAGCAUUCAUUUAUUCAUCCGAACACACUAAUCAAUGUUGUCAGAGCUUUGCUAACUUCAAAAAUAGAUUAUGGGCUCCCCAUCUAUGGCAAUUGCUCCAAUAGCAGUAUCAACCUUUUAAAUGCACCAUACCAUUGCGCAAUACGGCGAAGUCUCCGGGCGUUUCCAACCUCGCCAAUAAAAACGAUAAUGGCUGAAUCUGGUUUACCAACUAUUCAAGAAAGAAUUAUAGAUUCUUCGCUCCAAAUUCUUGCGAAAACGGCUGAGAACACCAACCCAUUACUAAAUACAACUAUCACCCAUGCCACGAAAAAAAGAAAAAUUCCAAGAAUACAAUCGGCUAUUUCGAGAUGCUUAAGUUUCGCUGAAGAAAAUAAUAUUUUACGUAACGCAACAUGCAAAUUCACCACACGACAUCCUCCCUGGCUGAUCAAUGAUAAAAUCCUACAGAAUAAGCUUAUGUUUUUGUCCAAGCAAAACACACCAAACGUAGUCUUUCAACAAACCUUUGCUGAACUGGAAUCUAAUUAUACAAAUAAUGGCUGGAAGCUAUUGUUUACGGAUGGCUCCAAGUCCAUCGAUUCCACUUCGUUAGCAGUUGUCACUGCCACAGGAGAAAUUAUUUGCAAUUGGCUUCUCCCCUCAACGAGCUCUGUAUUUACCGCUGAGGGAUCUGCUAUCCUUCACGCAGUUAAUCACGCAAAAAAGACUAAAGGAAAGUUCCUCAUCUGUACAGACAGCAAAUCGUGUAUGUCUGCAAUAACGUCUCCUUCCAAUCGCAAUCCCAUAAUAGAAGUUAUCAGGGACGCGGUCAUUGGUGCCCCUCAGAAAAUCCAAGUAAUGUGGAUCUCCGGCCAUGCUGGUAUUUCAGGCAACCACUUUGCAGACCUCGCUGCGAAAAAUGUAGCCAGGACUCCUGCCUUAACAUACUAUGCCUCAUCCAAGCAAGACAUUUCUAACCUUAUUAAGCACAAAACGCAUCAAAAAAACACAAGCGAAUGGAAAACAUUUAAACACCACUACGCGGACAUAAACCCAGCCAGAAAUCGAAUGAUCUACUCGUCAACAGUUCCAACUAGCGCAAUGAAGACAUAUACUCCAUUAAGGAUUGGACACACUAUCAUAACACACGCCCACUUACUAUCGGGUAAAAGCCCAUCCAUUUGCCCCCUUUGCGAGGACACCGCUUCUAUCAAACACUUACUCACACUCUGUCCGAUGCUUCACUCAACAGCCCACAACUCUUUCAACAUUGAUCUCAUAAAACUACUAAGUGAACCUUCAGAAAAAAACGUUAUGAUUGUUUAUAGAUUCUUAAAAACCAACGAUUUGUUAAAACAUAUUUAAGCAACUUACACCUUUACUAACCCUUAGCAAAUAGAACUUUUUACCUAGUUAUAAUUACAAGGCGGCUGAAGGCCUCGUAGCCAGUGCUGCGUUUAUGUAUUUAUAUAAUAAAACUUCUUUUGUUAUAUGAAUUAUUAUAAAUAAAUAAAUAAAUA